GGCGGCGGCCGAUCGGGCGGGUCGCCGAGAGCCCGGGGCCCGGGGGGCAGCGCGGAGAGAGGUGCCGGGACCGGGCAUGGUCCUGGGAACCCCGGAGCCCAACCCCGCCGCAGCGCUUCAUGCCGCCGACGGGGAUUGAGUCCGCCAGAAUGAACAGGAAGAAGGGAGACAAGGGCUUCGAAAGCCCCCGGCCGUAUAAAUUAACCCACCAGGUCGUUUGCAUCAACAACAUCAACUUCCAGAGGAAGUCUGUGGUGGGAUUUGUGGAACUGACAAUAUUUCCUACGGUUGCAAACCUGAAUAGAAUCAAAUUGAACAGCAAACAGUGUAGAAUCUACCGAGUAAGGAUCAAUGAUUUAGAAGCUGCUUUUAUUUACAAUGAUCCGACCUUGGAGGUUUGUCACAAUGAAUCAAAACAGAGAAAUCUUAAUUAUUUUUCCAAUGCUUAUGCAGCUGCAGUUAGUGCUGUGGAUCCUGAUGCAGGAAAUGGAGAACUUUGUAUUAAGGUUCCUUCGGAGUUAUGGAAACAUGUCGAUGAAUUGAAGGUCUUAAAGAUACACAUCAAUUUUUCUUUGGAUCAGCCCAAAGGAGGCCUACAUUUUGUGGUACCCAGUGUAGAGGGAAGUAUGGCGGAGAGAGGUGCUCAUGUUUUCUCUUGUGGGUAUCAAAAUUCUACAAGAUUUUGGUUCCCAUGUGUUGAUUCAUACUCUGAAUUAUGCACUUGGAAAUUAGAAUUUACAGUAGAUGCUGCAAUGGUGGCUGUUUCCAAUGGAGAUUUGGUGGAGACAGUAUAUACCCAUGAUAUGAGAAAGAAGACCUUCCAUUACAUGCUCACCAUUCCAACUGCAGCGUCUAAUAUCUCCUUGGCCAUUGGACCUUUUGAAAUACUUGUAGAUCCAUACAUGCACGAAGUUACUCAUUUUUGUUUACCACAACUUCUUCCAUUGCUUAAACACACUACAUCAUACCUUCAUGAAGUUUUUGAAUUCUAUGAAGAAAUUCUUACGUGUCGGUAUCCAUAUUCUUGUUUCAAAACCGUGUUCAUUGAUGAAGCUUAUGUUGAAGUGGCCGCUUAUGCUUCUAUGAGUAUUUUUAGCACGAAUCUCUUACACAGUGCCAUGAUUAUAGAUGAGACUCCUUUGACUAGAAGGUGUUUAGCGCAGUCCUUAGCCCAGCAGUUUUUUGGAUGUUUCAUAUCAAGAAUGUCUUGGUCUGAUGAAUGGGUUCUAAAGGGAAUUUCUGGCUAUAUUUAUGGACUCUGGAUGAAAAAAACUUUUGGUGUUAAUGAAUAUCGCCAUUGGAUUAAAGAGGAAUUGGACAAAAUAGUGGCAUAUGAACUAAAAACUGGUGGAGUUUUACUACAUCCUAUAUUUGGAGGAGGAAAAGAGAAGGAUAAUCCAGCAUCCCAUUUACACUUCUCAAUAAAGCAUCCACAUACACUGUCCUGGGAAUACUACACGAUGUUUCAGUGUAAAGCUCACCUUGUGAUGAGGUUGAUUGAAAAUAGAAUCAGUAUGGAAUUUAUGCUACAGGUUUUCAAUAAACUGCUAAGUUUGGCCAGUACUGCGUCAUCUCAGAAGUUCCAGUCGCAUAUGUGGAGUCAGAUGUUGGUUUCCACAUCUGGAUUUUUGAAAUCUAUCUCAAAUGUCUCUGGCAAAGACAUCCAGCCUUUAAUAAAGCAAUGGGUAGACCAGAGUGGAGUGGUCAAGUUCUAUGGAAGUUUUGCAUUUAAUAGAAAACGAAAUGUCUUGGAAUUAGAAAUAAAACAGGAUUAUACAUCUCCUGGAACUCAAAAAUACGUGGGACCACUUAAAGUGACUGUGCAGGAGUUAGAUGGAUCCUUCAAUCAUACAUUGCAAAUUGAAGAAAACAGCCUUAAACAUGAUAUACCCUGCCAUUCCAAAAGCAGAAGGAAUAAAAAGAAAAAAAUUCCACUGAUGAACGGAGAAGAAGUUGACAUGGAUCUUUCUGCAAUGGAUGCUGAUUCUCCUUUGCUGUGGAUAAGGAUCGACCCUGAUAUGUCGGUCCUGAGGAAGGUGGAGUUCGAGCAAGCCGACUUCAUGUGGCAGUAUCAGCUCCGCUACGAGAGGGACGUUGUCGCGCAGCAGGAGUCCAUUCUGGCCUUGGAGAAGUUUCCCACUCCCGCAUCCCGCCUCGCCCUCACUGACAUCCUGGAGCAAGAGCAGUGUUUCUACCGAGUGCGGAUGGCAGCUUGCUUCUGCCUCGCCAAGAUUGCAAAUUCAAUGGUGAGCACAUGGACUGGACCACCAGCUAUGAAGUCACUCUUCACUAGAAUGUUCUGUUGUAAAACUUGUCCAAACAUUGUGAAAACAAACAACUUUAUGAGCUUUCAAAGCUAUUUCCUACAGAAGACUAUGCCCGUUGCAAUGGCCUUAUUGAGAGAUGUUCACAACCUUUGUCCCAAAGAAGUCUUAACAUUCAUUCUAGACUUAAUCAAGUACAAUGACAACAGAAAAAAUAAGUUUUCAGAUAACUAUUACCGUGCAGAAAUGAUUGAUGCCCUUGCCAAUUCUGUUACGCCUGCAGUCAGUGUGAAUAAUGAAGUUCGAACAUUGGAUAACCUCAAUCCGGAUGUGCGGCUUAUACUUGAAGAAAUCACCAGAUUUUUGAAUAUGGAAAAACUUCUUCCAAGUUAUAGACACACCAUCACUGUCAGUUGUUUGAGAGCUAUCCGAGUGCUGCAGAAGAAUGGGCAUGUGCCAAGUGACCCGGCUCUGUUCAAAUCCUAUGCGGAGUACGGCCACUUCGUGGAUAUAAGAAUUGCAGCUUUGGAGGCUGUUGUGGACUACACUAAAGUGGACCGGAGUUAUGAAGAACUACAGUGGUUGCUUACUAUGAUUCAGAAUGACCCUGUACCCUAUGUAAGGCAUAAAAUUCUGACCAUGUUGACUAAGAACCCACCGUUUAUUAAGAAUAUGGAGUCUCCCUUAUGCAAUGAAGCCCUCGUUGAUCAGCUUUGGAAACUGAUGAAUUCUGGCACCUCGCAUGACUGGAGAUUGCGUUGCGGCGCUGUGGACCUCUACUUCACACUUUUCGGGCUCAGCCGACCAUCCUGCUUACCCUUGCCAGAGCUUGGGCUGGUUCUUAACCUAAAAGAGAAAAAAGCCGUCUUGAACCCGACCAUAAUUCCAGAGGCCAUUGCAGGCACCCAAGAAGCUGUGAUUAACCCCAGCACUCAUGCACAGCUAGUUGGAUUUCAGAACCCUUUUUCAAAUUCUCAAGAUGAAGAGGAGAUUGACAUGGAUACUGUGCAUGAUAGUCAGGCAUUCAUCUCCCAUCAUUUGAAUAUGCUUGAAAGACCAUCAACUCCAGGGCUCUCUAAGUAUCGGCCAGCUAGCUCCAGGCCUUCUCUACUACCCCAGCACUUGUCGGGUGGUGACAGCACACCAACCACCAAACCUCCGUGGAAUAUGGAGCUUGCACGGAAAGGAACAGGAAUUCAUUUGGGUGUUUUUCAUCUUGAAGGUAAAGAACAGUCCCCAUUGGAGAUGAGCCUCCAUCCCACAGCGGCAGCGCCGCUCUCCAUGUUCACGAAGGAAACAGCAUCCUCCAAACACAGUGACCACCACCACCACCAUCACCACGAACACAAGAAGAAGAAGAAAAAACACAAGCAUAAGCACAAGCACAAGCACAAGCACGACAGUAAAGAGAAAGACAAGGAGCCUUUCACCUUCUCCAGCCCCGCCAGCGGCAGGUCCAUUCGCUCUCCUUCUCUGUCGGACUGAGGCGUCUCCCGGGACCUUUCCCUCUGAUCCAGGGCAGCUGGUCCUCGGCCAGAAAGGAUGGACGGGCACGUACAGAGUUGCCACGUAAAUUUUGUUCGCCACUUAGGUUCUGAACACCGAUUUAUUUGUACACAGUUGAGCGCUAAUUUUAAAAUGUGUUUUAUGGUUCUGAAUAAGCCGUUUCAUCCUGUUUUCCUCUUUUAAAAAUCCACAGAUUUCUUUUCCUUUACGCUCGCCCCACUGGCAGUCCCCAUUCACCCAUGGCCCCCAUGUGUUCUGCCAAAGUCAAGAUGGUCUCAAGCCUCUGUUAUGGGGCAAAGGUAUGUUUUCCAAUUGCAGCCACUGCCGAAUCUGUUGUGAAACCACUCUUGCCAGUGAAAUACGGUAUGAGGCUCUUUGGAACUACUGAAGAGCGAAAGUUCAGUUUCCUCUUGCACUGUUCUUUUUUGUUAACUAUAAACUUAACAUCAGGUUUUAUGAAUGAGAACACAUGGCCCCUUCUUUCACUCUAAAGUACUGAAAUUUUCAGGAGCAGCUCUUUUAAAAAAGAAUUAACUGGUUUUUGAUAGCACAGUGAUUAUGAUGUUAGAAUGAACAGAAAUGUCAAAUCCGCAAUUGUUCUCAAAUCAAGCUGUUUAAUGAGUUUUUCCAUUAAAUGUGAGGAUGUUCAUAUGUAGAAUAUGUUUUGCACACAUGAUGUGGACAGUAUACACCUGACGCAUUUAUACAACAGUAUAAUACCUUAAAAAGGUGACUUUAAUACUGUUUAACUUGGACAUACGCAAUUCAGGCCGUGUGUGAGUAUACUAAAGAAGCAUUGAAAACCAUGAAACAUUUUUGUUUCAUGCUUUAAUCUGUAUGUAUGUUUUAAUUUUUAUCUGUGGAUUUACUGUGUGCUCUGUUUAAAAUGUUUUUCAUAUCUGUUUUUAUUAUUUUCCUUGUCAUUAAAAAGUUUGACAAGCUACGUUUCCCCAAAACAGGUGCUUCAAAGGGGUCUAAUAAUGCUGGACUUUUCUUGUCUCUUUCUUUUCACUCUGCCCCCACUUCACAGUGACAUCAUCCUCCUUCCCCUUGUAGUAUCCUGCUCAGAUAAAAUCUACAUAAGAUUAUACAGGGGCAUUUGGUGCUGUUCAGAGCAAGAGCUGAUUUUAGGAGUUCCCUUUAAAAAGAAACCUAUAAGACCUUCCAGUGGGGACACCAUGAGUGCUUGUGUAGUACUUAGGAAUGAUAUGAAGAGUGUUCCCAGGUUAGGAAGUUGCAUGGGAAAUCCUUGCAUCCGUGGCUGUGCUCUGGAACCCUGAGGAGAGGCACUGUUAAGUAAGGCUGGAUUACUCAGAGUUACAUUCUUGGAAGAAAAAGAAAACUUUUUGUUGCAUCUGACUUGUUUAAUAAAUAACUUUACAUUGGU